AUGCACGAGAAUAAUGAGAUCCAUGAAAACACUUCCAACCCCAUCAGUAACAAUGCCCAACAUAGACAAGGCGCCUCUUCUACAGCCCAUUCAGUCUCCAGCAGCAGUAGUAGUAGCACCAUGAUGGGUACCUCGGCAUCAUCAUCCCAAUGCAAUGGCUUUGACAUAUCCUCUUAUGAGCGUUACUCGGCAUUUUGUGGCGAUUGUGGUGUAGAUGUCUUUCGUUUUUGUCAUGAGCAUUGGUGUAAGAAUUUUGAAUGA